AUGGAAAUGGAGGCGCACACGCUCGCAGACUCACUCAAGCUCGUGCCAGCAUUCUCGCCGAAGCUUGCUAAGCACACUGCAUCGGCGAAAAUCGAGGCUAUAACGAGUGAGGAAACCAACGAUGAUUACACAGGUCACUGGAAGCUGCCCCAAGUACCACAGGGGCAGUCAGAAGAAGACGCUGCGGAUGAGGAGGAUCAGAGCCUCGACAUCUGGAUUGGAGAUCCAGGAAACACGUUCGAAACCGUGCCCAAGGAGUACAAGGUGAGAAGGCAGCAGAGGCAGGAACUGCGGGAGGAGAUGAACCAAGUUCUCAACAAUUGGCUCAGGAAGCAUGGCUUUUCCA